GUUAAAGUUGCUUGGGGGUGCAGACGCGCGCAUUAACAACAGCGUCACGCCGAUUGAACUGCUUGUAUGAAGAAGGCACGUGGAUGAGGGGGGAAAUAAGGUGGAUAUUUGGAUUAUUUGGUGAGUUUUUGCAUUGACUUGUGCGGAGGGCAGCGUUACUUUGCGCUGUGCGCCAUGGGUGGUCCAGACUGAGCAUCCCUCCGGUCAGACGACACCGAGAUUUUGCCCUGCACGGGAGAGGAAUCUAAGUGCUGCUUUUUUUCCCCUCUUUUUUUAUUGGAGGUGGAAAAUCGAAGAAUAUUACGUUAAUUGGGAAGCUCUCCGACGGGGGUUCGUGAUGAAUCUUCAGGUGCGUGAAGAAAUCGCCACGGUCCACUUGGAUGGGACUGCGCCUGCUGCAGUGGGCAUUUCUUUUUGGCUUCAACUUAGACACGGUUGCUGUUUUUGCAGUAAAAGCACGGACGUUGAUUUUUGAAUGUGGAUUGUAUCAAAAUCUAUCGAGCGGAGAUAAUCGUGCCGCGGUUUAAAUGCUCAUUUGAACCGGACUGCGCAUUAAGGAGAAGCGGGGAGCAGGUGCGCUCAGACCCGGCUUGAGAAUUAGGACGCUACCUGUUAGUGGACAUGCGGAUCCGAAUCCAGUAACUGGACUUGACAGAUAACGCGGAUAUGGGCUCUGCUCUGCAACGUCGUUGGAUAAUACUCCAACUGCUGAUGCAGGUGUGGCUAGCAGCAAGUCCGGCUCAAACCGAGCGUCCGUGCCCGAAAAGCUGCCGCUGCGAUGGAAAAAUUGUGUACUGUGAGUCGAGUGCAUUUCGCGAUGUCCCCAAGAACCUCUCGGGCGGUUGCGAAGGCCUGUCGUUGAGGUACAACAGCCUCGUCAACCUUCGAGCCGGCCAGUUUGUCGGCUUGAACCACCUCAUCUGGCUUUACUUAGACCAUAAUUACAUCACAACUGUGGAUGGGAUGGCGUUCCAGGGAGUUCGCAGGCUAAAAGAACUGAUCUUGAGCUCCAACAAGAUCACUUCCCUUCUCAACACCACAUUCCAUCCCGUACCCAAUUUGCGCAACCUUGAUCUGUCGUACAACAAACUGGAAGUGUUGCAGCCGGGGCAAUUUCAAGGACUACGGAAGCUUCUCAGUCUUCACGUACGUUCCAAUUCCCUAAAGAUCCUUCCGCUGCGUCUCUUCCAAGACUGCAGAAAUCUCGAGUUUAUUGAUCUGGGUUACAACCGCUUGCGCAGCAUCAGUCGGAAUGCACUCUCCGGCCUAGUCAAGCUCACCGAGUUACACCUGGAACAUAACCAAUUCUCAAAGAUCAAUUUUUCACAUUUUCCCCGUCUCUACAAUUUGCGAUCACUUUACCUACAGUGGAAUCGCAUUCGCUCCAUGAGCCAAGGCCUAACCUGGAUUUGGGCGUCGGUCCAAAAACUUGAUUUAUCUGGGAAUGAUCUGUCAGACUUAGAUGCUGCUAUUUACCAGUAUUUACCCAACCUGCAAACCCUCAAUUUGGACUCCAACAAGUUGACCAAUGUGUCCCAAGAGGUGGUCGAUGCCUGGGUCUCUGUCACUACAAUUAGCUUGGCUGGAAAUGUUUGGGACUGCGGUCCAGCCAUUUGUCCUUUGGUUUCUUGGCUGCGAAAAUUCAGGGGCGCAAAGGAAACCACUAUGAUAUGCGCCUCCCCAAAGAAAGCCCAAGGUGAGAAAGUGAUGGAUGCCGUCGAAGCUUUCGGGGUGUGUCAAUUGAACCAAGUCACGAUGCUCACCGCGAGCAUUCCACCCACUCCAUCCAAUAUCUCCGCGCAGCCCGAACAUCACCCGGCAAUUCUGGCUUCACCUACUCGCUCCGGAAAGAGAGCUGAAGGCUCUAUCAGGGGUCCGACUUCAUCAGUGGUGACCCAGUCAGUGGCACUUCCUCCAGAUCAAGAUUUGGAGCCCGUGUCCUUUCAUAAGAUCGUUGCAGGAAGUGUCGCCCUUUUUCUCUCCGUUGCGAUGAUCCUACUCGUGAUCUACGUGUCGUGGAAACGCUACCCCAGCAGCGUCAAGCAACUGCAGGAGAACUCCUCGACGGCCCGUAAGCGGCGCAAGAAGUCAAAGGAAACCGAGCGCACCUUGAGCUCUCCCCUGCAGGAGUACUAUGUGGACUAUAAACCCAACAAUUCAGAAGCCAUGGAUGUGCUUGUCAAUGGGACCGGAACCUGCACUUACACCAUCUCAGGCUCCCGAGAAUGUGAGGUUCCUCAUCAGAUGGGCGCACUGACCUUCUACCGAUACGAGCAGCCGAUUGUAGACUACUGCCAAGCCCACCAACCCCUGCGGCUAAACAUGGGCUACGAGGGCCCCCCUCAAGGUCUUGAGGGCCUGGAAGACCUGGGGCCUUGCGAGAGGGGCACUAUACAGACAGUGGCGCUCCCGGCCGUGCCCACCGCCGCCGUCAUCGGGCCAUCGGUACCGGGGCCUCGUUCUCCUCCUCCGUCGGCACUCAGGCCGACCGCCGAAGGUCCGGGCGCCGGCGGGCUUCCCUCCGAGCGCACCGGCACGCUUAAAUUUGGACGCUAGUGAGCCGGUGAUGAAUUGUGACUUGGAAAUAAUGGGGCAGCUGAGCUGGUUAUCGACCUUGGGUUUGGAUCACGAGUAUGCCGAAAUGUUUUGGUAUCAACACACACAAUCUGAGCAAAUACAGACAUCAUUCGGUGGAUUUCUUUCAUUUUUACGGAACGGGCAGAGAUGGUAAAACGGAAGUUUAUUUAUAUUUAUUUCGCUAUUUUGACAACAUGGGUUGUGCUUUUGGAAAAUUCUGCCACUGCAUGUAUUGGGACGGAAAGGAGGGCUCACACAAAAUGAUUUUUUCAAGAACAGGGUGUUUAACUGUGAUUGCGUGGAUAAUUUACAUUCAGCAAAUGAUUACAAAAAAUAUUUCAACUGUAUUUGCUUUGACUUUUAAUUUUGGAUUUGGGAUCUAAUUAAUAACAUCAAUACACAUAUCAAACCAAAGAUUUGUUUUUCCAUUGAACUGGAUAUUAAUUGUGGGCAUUCUUAAAUUUCAAGUGUAUUUAAUAACGUCCAUUCUUAGAUACUUAACUCAAUGUCUGAGGUUUUGUUUCUAACAAAUUGGAAUUGUGAUGAGAUAAUUGAGUCGGUCCUCAAACUGCAAACUGGGCAUGCUCCAUAGUUAUCUUUUAAAAGACGGGCAGAAAUUUAUACACUCAACAAUUUUACCAAAACUAAAAGCAAAAUAAUGUAUUGUACAUACUCUACCCUUGAAGAGGUCCACUGACCACUCUCACUGCCCCAUUCGGAAUCACGUCGGAUCACAUGAGGAAAAUCAGGAGAGCAUCAUCUCCCCGACAUCGCUGCCCACUACAGAGCGAAGCCUCGUGGGGACAUGUUGGAUCAUCACGUUGACGCCGGCUCGGCCUGAGGAUGAACCCGCUGGGCUGAAUUGGGAAUAAUGCCCGACAUCUCCCUCUUGUCCCAUGCGUGACAUCACGGCUCUCUGUAAACCUUUGGGCAAACACGCCAAGCAUUGCUAUUGACUGACUUACAGAAAGACUCAAAGCAAGCAAUGCACAGGGAUCCUUUUAUUUCCACAUGCAAGUGACGAUCGACCCCGAAAGGAUCGGAACGCUUAACUGAAAAAAUUUGACCAACAUUUUCCACAUGGACUGGUCAUCAAGAUAAGAACCUGGGUAAUUAUUUAUCUUUUCUUUUCGUCGGUUGUCGUGAACAAAGAAGAAUUGCGGUGUGCAAUGAUGAUGUCAAGACAUUCUAUAGCCGAGGUGAAAAUCAAAUAGAACUUAUUUAUCAUGUAAAUAGAAAAUCUUUUAAAGAUGGCAAGAAAAUAUGACUUUCUGCCGAAACGUGAACAAAAAGAGGAGCCUUAUGUGUUAUAAAGUUCAAACUGGUUUCAAUGAUUCAUAUUUUUCUAUUUGCUCCCGUAUUCAAACCCAAAGUGGUUUCCAUCAUCCAAUCAUCUCCCAAAGCUACACGAUGGAAGAAAGUUUCAGAGCCCCAUUGUGAUGUAUCCAUCCGUGUCUCAUCUCAGUGGCCAUAUGCAGCGACUCAAUAUUUUUUGUCAUGUCAUUCCUUUGCGUUUUAACAAACCCCCGAAACAUUCACAAGAACUUGGCAAUGCAACAAAAAAUAAUGUACAGUACAUUGCAUUAAAAAUGCGCUUAGUCCAAUUGCUUCUUAGUGCUGGUGGAGUUUCCUUUGUAGAAGCGAUAUAUUUAGAAUAAGGGCCCGUUUUCAAUUCUGUCCAUUUUUGUCCAUGCGGUAUAUACUGUCUGCCUUGCUCUUGACCUGGAGAUACCUGAUUAAUGAGUUAUCUGUGCAUGCUAAUACCUUGUUAGUGGAAAUUGACCGUGCAGGACAUAUCUGUCUAUAGUUGGGAGCUGGAUUGUUUUCGAGGACCUGCUCCAAGGUAGUACUCACUGUUUGGCUUAGCUUGUCACAUACUGGACCUUGGUGGUUGGAACUGCGGUAUCACUUUGAAUUGCUCUGCGAUAAUGUUAGCGGCCAUGCUUUGCCAGCAUUUUGUUCUGAGCUAAACGUCAGCAUGGUAACCAAAAAAAAAAAAAAAAAGGCUGCAGUGUUCUCCAGGUUAGUUUUUGUAGUAGCAAACCAGUCAUGUAAAGCGUCCGUAAAUCCCCAACGCUAAAGUUCCCGGAUUUGUUUUUGUCUUGUUUCAUUGGACAGUAAUGCAAAAAUGAUUUUAAGGUGCUUAGUGUUUUAUUCAUGCAAAAAUGCAUACAGUGACAAUUCUAAAUUGAUUAUUAAAUCAACAUAUACUGACAGGUAAGGAAUGUUUAUAUUGAUUUUCUCUCCUGAGCUUUCUUUGGUCCAUGUUCAGUGUAGGACACACCAUGGUACCAAACAAGAACCUUUCGAGGGCACCAUCUUUCUUUUUCUCUAUCUUUCUGUUGAAUAAUUGUCGGGGCGACGAAAAUAAAGCAAUGACUGCUUUUAAUUAUUUAUUUUCUAGUCAUGUUUUAUGCAUUGCCAUUCUUUUCAGUGCCAAGUGAUCUAAGUGACCAUUGUUGUGUUUUGCUUCUAGAAUACCAAUAAUUCUGUCCUUGUUCGUAUGCUCGUAUCUGCACAUAAAUUUAAUUGCUACAUCCGUGCCGUUCUCUUCAUAGACGUUGGAAAAUGCACAGUCUUCCUGGGAGUAAUUAUUUUUUAUUUGGUUUUGUUAUUGUCCAUGUCGGUCACCAUUGAGGAGUGGGAUGCAAAAGCGCCGCAUGCUUAAUGAUGCAUGUUGGAGCUGAAGUUAAAGGCUAUCUGUGCUGGAGCCCGCAACUCCAAUUGGUUUUAUUUUCUUCCGUCCAAUUUUGGUGGUUUGGAAUUUAACAGCAGGCUUCCCACAUUCAUGCUGGGGAUUUUUUUCUUUUUUUAUAUAUUUUUUUAUUUGUUUAUUUUUUUUAACUUUUUUUUUUCUCAUCUUUUUUUUCAUCUUCGCUUUCCAGCAAGAACUAAAUGCAGCAGCCGAGAUCAGAGGGUAAACAAGAAACACUGUAAAUUCGGGUGGACAAAUGGAUAAGUGCAAGUACAUUUCUUUUGUCACAAUGAAAGCUUUUGUUACAUCCCUGAACGACCCAGACAGGUUUAUUCCGAGCGUACUUAAAGGUUACAAACUGCCUGGCGUCGGCCCACGGCCGAGCACACCUACUGUACGGCGAACGAAGCGUAUUGUUGAAUUGCCUGCAUUCUGCAACCUAUUUAAAUAGAUGCAUGCUCACAUCCAAACAAUUGCAGAGAGGCUCGCAUCUAUUGUGGAUGUUUACUGCACUAAAGGAGUGCACGCACUCUAAUCAUACUUAAACGUACUACAGCUUUUGGUGCGCCCAUCAAUUUGAGCUCACCGAAGGCAAUCUUUGACGCUUCAGUAAUUUCUAAUCCAUUACCUAAUAAAUAGAUUUGAGAAAUUAAUUCCGAGUCAAAUGCGGAUUUGCAGCUUUUCCUGCUCUGCUGUGCACUACUUUCUCAUCCACCAGGCAAUGCUUCACUUUUCCCACACUGGGGUCUUUUUCCUCAUUCUAAUUCAGUCGUCAUUUUAUUUUUGUCGUAUUUGAUGAAUAUUAUGACCAUUACCAGAUAGCUAUUCUCUGCAUGUACUAUACAACGGGCCUGAGCGUGCCUACAUCAUCUCUGCAUCCCUUUUGGCCAAUGUCACUAGCACUCAUGCUCACUCCCGCCCGCUCCCCAUUGAUUGUUAUUGUCCGAUGCUGUUCCACAUUAGCACGAGGUCUUUAACCUGUGACUCAUAUUGUCCCGACACUCUUUUUCUGCCAUUGCUCAUGUCAGGGGGCACACGGAACAGCAAGACGUGGUCAUUAACCUUUGCCGAGGGGGGAAAAGACACUUUUUCAUUUGCCCGUUUACGCCCCUAAUUGUAUUUCAUGUGAACACCCAAGAAGGUGAGGUUUAAAUUUAAACAAGCAGGAUUUUUAUUCCUGGAUUUGAUGUGUGGUGGCAGUGAAAAGGGAAAGCAGAGGGGAGCUGACAGAAAGCAAUAUUGGAAGACGUUCUUGUUCUCAUGCAAGCUUAAAGCACUUUCCCUUUAUUUCCAAGCCUCCUACUGUAAAUGUGCAAAACAACGGAAUCCCCCGCUGUCUCCCUCCCAUCUAAUUUCUGCAGAGCGUCAAUUUCCGUAGGGUGUAAAUAUGUGCUGCACUGUUUUCUUUGGUAGUUGCUUUGUUUUGUUUUGCUUUUUUCCACUCUCAUUUGGACUUUUUUUUCUGCUUUUAUUGUACUCAGACCUAAAGCAUUUUUUUGUGGAGAUCUGGUCCAAGUGCAAACAUAUGGCUCUUUGAGUAAAUUAUUGUCAGAAAAUGUUUUGUAAAAAUUUUGAUGAUGAUUAAAAAAAAUAAACUUAUGAGAUGGAAA